AUGUCUUCUGCACCUUCGGAUCUUUCGCUCAGUCCAGAUCAGAGAUACGAUAAUGAUCAGAUGAUCAUGGCUUGGAUCGCUGCUUUGGUGGCAGAGGGAUGUCCUCCUUUUGCCAAUGAUCACGAAGUGCAUUGUAUGAUUUAUAAGGCUGGAUGGAAAGAGUUUGAUAAGGCAUUUGGAUCUCAUCCCGUCGAGAUGGCAGGUGACAUGGUUCACCAAUUGGAGGAACUACAUGGACUUCCGAUUUAA